UUUGUUCAACACUUUGCCACACAGUUUGUCCCUCUUUUUCAACUUCGUUCCUCUCAACGAACGGCUCGAAUCUCUCUUCAACGCCGGAGCAACUCUAUCGCCGCGGCGGAGCCGUUUCCGAUGAGGCUGAUAGUACCUCUCCGUGGCGUAAUCCACGGCCGUGGCGGUCUCUUCGUCGGCUCUCUCAUUCCUUGUUGUCUCUUCUACUUUCUCCAGCUUUACCUAAAACGACGCCGUCCUCCUCCCUCCGACCCGGCGGAAUUACCGAGAACGUCGUCACGGACUAAUCUCUUCUCUCGUGGAAACUCGAUCGGACGAGUUCGAGUCUCCUCUCGAGCGGUUCCUGUGGCUAAACCUCCCGAUUCGCCUUAUUACAUUGGGUUGGAGAGAGUCAAGACGGAUCCGUACGAUCGGAUUAAGAACACGGAUGGGAUUAUUCAGCUUGGAUUAGCUGAGAGUACGCUGUGCUUUGACUUGCUUCAGAGAUGGAUGUCUGAGAAUUUGAUGGAUUCAAUGAUGCAAUCUGAUGAUGGUGAAUUUGAUAUUAGUAGUAUCGCAAUGUAUAAACCUUUUGAAGGAUUACUGGAACUUAGAGUGGCUUUUGCUGAUUUCAUGUCACGAAUAAUGGGAGGUAAUGUAUCAUUUGACCCGUCAAACAUGGUUAUAACAGCUGGUGGGACUCCUGCUAUUGAAGUACUGGCCUUCUGCUUGGCAGAUCAUGGAAAUGCUUUUCUUAUUCCGACACCAUAUUAUCCAGGCUUUGACAGGGAUAUUAAAUUCCGGACAGGAGUUGAGCUUAUACCAGUACACUGCCGUAGCUCUGACAAUUUUACUGUAACGGUUUCUGCACUGGAACAAGCUUUGAAUCAGGCUAGAAAACGAGGAAGUAAGGUUUCUGGCAUCCUCUUUUCAAACCCGUCAAAUCCAGUUGGGAACAUACUAUCUAGGGAGACACUCCAAGAUAUUUUGAGAUUUGCUCAAGAGAAAAACAUCCAUGUUAUAUCUGAUGAAAUAUUUGCGGGUUCUGUUUACGGGGACAAAGAGUUUGUUAGCAUGGCUGAGAUUGCUGGCUCAGGGGAAUUUGAUAAGAGUAGGGUUCAUAUCAUCUAUGGCUUGUCAAAGGACCUUUCAAUUCCCGGUUUUAGAGCUGGAGUCAUCUACUCCUUUCAUGAAGACGUAGUAAAUGCUGCAAAGAAGCUGAUGAGAUUUUCAUCAGUGCCAGUUCCUGUCCAAAGGAUACUUAUCUCUCUGCUAUCUGAUGUUAGAUUCAUUGAGGAAUACAUGAGAGCACACAGGCAAAGGAUCCGGGAUAAGCAUAUUCGGUUUGUGGAAGGUUUGAAACAAUUAGGAAUUCCAUGUGCUGAGAGUGGUGGUGGGUUGUAUUGUUGGGUUGACAUGAGCAGUUUACUGACAUCUUACAGUGAGAAAGGAGAACUCGAGUUAUUUGAGAAGCUAUUGACUGUUGCUAAGAUUAAUGCCACUCCAGGAACAGCCUGUUAUUGUAUUGAACCGGGUUGGUUCAGGUGCUGUUUUACCGCUUUAGCUGAUGAAGAUAUCCCAGUGAUUAUGGAACGGAUCAGACAGCUUAGGGAAUCAUCUAGAUCUUGAGGUCGAACCAGAAUUUAGGUUAGUGUGAUAUUGUUAUUUAUCGGUAGACAUUAUUUUGGCAAGUUGUUAUAGCUUGAAAGAGAAGAAAGAAAUAAACGAUGAAUUCCUUGUUCUGCAACUGAAAGAGUCUGGCAUUGAAUCUCGCAUCUAUUUUUACGGUACUGCAUAUACAAGUUUCUUGUCUAUCAAAAGAGAAACGACUUCCGAAAUUUGCUGUUUCGGGAUACAAAUUGUGAGGAUCUUUGUAAGUGUUUUCUUCUAAAUGAGCUUCAACCUCGGUUGGUAUUUUUUCCACUCAAGGCCUUCUAUCAUUCUGAUUCCCGGCACAAAAAGGCAGCAGUUAUCAGCUCCAUUCUUUGUAAAUUCCUGCUAAUUUAUCCAGGCAAGUGUCAACAUUUCAGAAUCUUUUUUCACGAUUGAAUUUAUGUAUGAGCCUGAUAUACUAUUACUGUGUAUUUGGCUUUGGAAUAGACUGAGAGAAAAGAUAUUUGAGAGUUUUACCUUGUAAGGAUUCUGCUUUCUCAUUUCAACAGCUCUUCUCAUAUAACUUCUCCUUCGGCUCAUCAUUAUCAGCUCCCCAAGUGUCUGCGGCGCCCUCACAGGAAAUCCAAUACUCAUGUUGUCAGAUUCUGUAGUAAGCUUCACUUCUUCAUGCAACGGAUGAGUAGAAACCUGAACGUCUUCAGAAUCAGCAGAUUUGACCUUUUCUAAUGGAAGAAGACGUGGAAAGAGCUUUUCCAAGAACGAAGCUCCCACAAGACUGGAAGCUCCCGUCAUGUAACUGCUCGUACUGUCAUCAGAUUCAUAAGCUGGCGAUGUUGGCAUCGAUCUUGUCACUCUAUUCAGGUUGUCAUCAAAUUCAUCCACCGCAACAGCACCAGAUAUCGAAACCGAGCGGUUUGUUGCUAAUAGAGAUGGAACAGAGCUGAAGGAAUCACUGCUUGCGUCAUCAAAUAUAUCGCUGCUGGUUUCAACCUCACCGUACAUGGGAGGAGGUGGCAGCGGCUGAUCCAACAGCUCAGGUGGAUUGGUAUCAACAAAGCAUGGGUAUGGUUGUCCAGGAGUUUCUUCCCAAUCGAACGGAACUGAAGUAACCUGCUUAACGGGAACUGGAACCGGAGGCGGUAAUGGAGUCGUCGUAGCGGUUUCCAAUGGUGGAUGUGGAAGCUGAGGUGGGUCAUUUGAGGAUGGAGGGAGUGGUUUUCCUGGCGUUUCUUCCCAACGGAAAGGAACCGAUGUGACCAGUUUAACCGGGACUGGGACAGGUGGCGGAAGCAGAGGAGGAGAAGGCACAAAAGUGGCUAGUGAAGGUUGCCAAUUCUUCUUGGGGAAGCCAGGCCGUUCUUCCCAAAUGAAAGGAACAGAAGGAGGCUGUCUCAAUUGUUUUCGAGGUGGUUUUGUUUCUUUAGGUUCCAUUUCAGACAUUUGUUCGUAUCUCUUACGUUGUCCUCUAUAUAUUUAUAGGCUUUUUAUGAGUUUGAAUAGUCAAUGAGAUGUUGUGUUAGUAACUAAAACCACUUGGAUUUUAAAGCGUGUGUGUCGUGGGAUCAGAGCUAACUAUUCUUCUUUCU